CGCUACUAUAACCUGUGUACUUAUUUUUCAGUACGGAUACACUAUUGUUUUAUAGCGUUGGUUUCUCAAGCCUCGGCGACAUUCCGACGACGUUUUGAAACGUAAUUCAUCGAACUUACAUUCUCAAUCCGACUAGGUACGACUAUUGUUAUCACGUGAAUACGUGAUUUUCAUGGUCAUGCCGUCGCCGCGUUCGUACACCUCGUCCGGCCUCGACGACGUGAACGACUAUGAUUUGGACGACCUAGGCUGCACUUUGGAUAUAGUACACGAAAUUGACAAAUUUCUCGAAGGACUUACAUCUGAUUGUGCCGAUUUACCAGUAAACAAUGAUAAGCAAAUUGAUAACAAUAUAAUUGAUGAAAUUCAAACAUCCAAUUUGGAAGUAGUUGAUAACAGCAGAACUUCAACCAAUCAGAUUGAUGUAGAAUUUGUUGGUAAAGAUUCAGCUGUGUUUCAACUCCUGGAAGACCACGAGAAUUUUGGUGUAUAUGAGCACAAUCCAAAUGAAUGUAACUGGAAUGUUUUUUAUAAAACACUCCCCCCUGGUGAACAAAAAUUUGUCAAAGUAGAGCCAAAGACUGAAAUUGUCAAUGAUUACUUCAACACAGACUCGGAAAAUAAAUUGGAAACUUUCUCUUUUAAUCUUGAUAAUACUCAGGAAAAAUCAAUUUUCGAACAACAUUCUUCUGAAGUUUUUUCAACUGGUGCUUCCACUAGUAGCAUUUCAUAUGCAGAUAAUGAAUUAGAAAACUUCUCUUUCACGUUGAAAGCUGAUAAUAUCAAAGAAACUCCAAUUUUUGAUCAACAUUCUUCUGAAGCUUUUACAACUGGUGCGUCCACUAGUCAUAUUUCACAUGCAGGUAAUGAAUUGGCAAACUUCUCUUACACAUUAAAAGCUGACAAUGUCAAAGAAAAACCAAUUUUUGGGCAACAUUCUUCUGAAGCUAUUUCAACUGGUGCUGAUACUAAUGACAUUUCAUACUCAGAUAAUGAAUUGGAAAACUUCUCUUUCUCUUUAAAAACUGAUAAUAUUAAAAAGAAUGCAUUUAGAAAACCAAACCCAUGGUACCGCAAAGAUUCUACGCAAAGAAACAAUGUUUUUCACCAAACAUUUAAGAAUCAAUAUCAUGGAAAUGGUUCAUUAGUAUCGUCUCUUAAUAACAACAAUAACUAUAAGAAUGCAUUCAGAAAGCCAAACUCAUGGUACCGCAAAGAUUCAACUCAAAGAAACAAAGAUUUUCCACAAACAUUUAAAAAUCAGUAUCAGGGAAAAAGUACAUUACUAUCUGCUCCUAAUAAUAAUAGUUCAAAAUAUUUCCCACCAAGAAAUAAUAAUUUACAAACUAAUAGAGGUAAUUCUAACAACUUCAAGAAAAUGCCAAAUGAAAUACAAGGAAAUAACAAUUUCGUACAUAGUUCAUCGUUCCCAAGGAAUAACAAUGAACAGAUCAAUUUUAAAUUUGGAAAAAAUAAUUCUCAAUUUAUACCAAAAUAUAUUGAAAACCCAAAUUUAAAUACUUCAAGACAAUCGCAUCUUCCACCUGUACCAAUAAUUAAACCUCAUAGUAUAGUCGGUGAAUAUUUGUGUCCUGUGUCUUUGGUUGGAACAACUAUAAAAUUUUUAUCAAGAAAACUGGCAAAUACAAGCAUGCGAGAACAAAUUAUCAUAGAAUUAGCCUCACAUGGUAUCUUGGAGAACAAUUGGUGGACACCAGAUGAUAUGUUUUACGCAACAUAUACAGAAAGGAGUAUUGCUCAACAUGUAUUUAAAAUAUAUCCUCAUAACUCAAAAAGUUCAUAUUAAUACAAAGAGUUCUAUUUAA